UGCUGCUUGGCAUUCAGCACUCCCCCCUCCUCUUCCUCAUCUCUCUGUCCCAGCGCUCAGUCCUCCUGAUCACUCCGAUAGUACACAACUAAAUACACGACUUCGAGAUAUUGUGAAAACAGCCGACGGUCCCCGGAUUACCGAUAAAACAACUCUUUUUGCACAAAGGAAUAGUUUACCUCAAGCAUAAAUAAGCUGUCAAACAACAAGAAAACGCUGCCUGGUCUAUUGAGAAGUGCAGGACACAGGGACCAUGACGAGCCAGUAGAAAGGCAUUAUUGCAGUUCUCUGUGGGGUUGGGAUGUUUGCACAGUGACCAGUCGUGUCAGACGAGACUCCAGCUCCGCAGUGAGAAACAAAAGACAAUCGUGAUUGAUGCGCCAUGGAGGGCGGGAACGAAGUGGAUCUGUCCAACAAUAACAUCAGCCCGCUGUGGAAGCGGCACUCAGCCAAUCACACUGGCCCCAGCCAGCCAAAGGCCCGGCCCCUCAGCUACCAGAUAGACAGACUCCACAUGACUGACUUCCCCGUAGAGGACAGUAAGUGCAGCUUUACCCUGAGCCAGCCUGCAGAGACACUGGUGGCUACGCCGGGAGGAGGGACGGUCAUUCUGAAGCACGUUCUCAACCAACCCACCAGGAGAACACGGGUUGUCAGGAGUAUUAGCAUUGGACAUCUGGCCAAAGGACGUUUCUCUCUGUCCAAGUUCAAGUCGGAGGACAAGUUUUCGUCAUUGGACAAUAAGGCGUACCAUGGUGGGAGUGUUGGUAAAAUCGCUAACAAGGAGAAGGUGUGGUCAGACAAGCGGCCACGGGAUGCCCUGAAGCGACUCUCCAGCCCGUUCACCCUCACCUCUCACAGAGACCAGAUAGUAUUUGGAACAAGUUCCUCACUGCCGGACCCUGCCUCCUCCAAUCACCCCUCUCCCCCUGCCACCCCCAAUAACAACCACCACCACAACCAGACCCCCCCUUCUUCCUACCACCCCUUAACCCCUGUCCCCUCUCCCCCUAACCCCAGCCCCUCUCCCCCUAACCCCAGCCCUUCUCCCCCUAGUCUCCACACCCCUACCCCAUCUCACAGCUCCACCUGCAGUAUCUCCUCCCUCACCUCCACCUCCACCCCUUCUGACCCCCCCACACCCCGCAGCCCCUCCCCUGCUGACAUGUCUUCCCCCUCCCUCUCUCCUCCUCCCUCCAUUGUCCUCAGCACCCACAGUGCAGCUGCCCUGAAGAUGGGCACACAGCAGCUGAUCCCCAAAGGGCUGGCGUCCCUGAGCAAGGCCUCUCCUGCUGGGGUACAGAGCCAGGGUCUGCUGGGCCUGGAUCCUACCAAGCGGGCCCUACGAGCACUCAGUAUGGUGGAGACUGGAACAUUCUUCUCCACGGACGGAGGGGGAGAGGGGACAGACCAGGAUGAGAGCCCUGGGAGUCUGAAGAGAGGGUUGAGGUCUACCUCGUACAGGAGAGCAGUGGUGAGUGGAGUGGAAAUGGAAGUACCGUCUGUAGACCCCAAAUCUCACCGCCUAUCCCAACCUGUAGACCCCAAGUCUCAUUGUCUGUCUCAGUCUGUACUCAAAGGACUACAGGAAGUCAAGGAGACACCUACCAGCCCUGGGAAGAAGAACAAGAGACCUGAUAAGAAGCCAGGACUGGUCACACAGAGGACUUUUGACAGGGAAGAGGAGGAACUGUAUCAGAACUACCAGGAGAAAGCUCUUCACAAUGACUCUGAUGAGGACCAGUCCAGAGAGCCCAAACCUGACGACGGCAUCGUGGUGCAGUACAGACCCAUACGCACCUCCUGGAGCCAACUCAGUGUGGUAAAGAAGAGUGGAAUUAAGCUCAGCCAGGAGGAGCGGAAAAGACAAGAGGCCAUAUUUGAGUUGAUAUCGUCAGAACACUCCUACCUCCACAGUCUGGAGGUUCUGAUCCGGAUGUUCCAGAACUCAACGGAGCUCAGUGACACCAUGACCAAGACCGAGCACCACCACCUCUUCUCCAACAUCACAGAUGUGUGUGAGGCCAGCAAGAAGUUCUUUAAAGAGUUAGAGGACAUGCACCAGCAGAAUGUUGUUAUAGAUGACAUCAGUGACAUCGUGUUCAGACACGCCCAGUCCAACUUUGACCCCUACAUCACCUACUGCUCCAAUGAGGUUUACCAGCAGAGGACCCUACAGAGGCUAAUCAGUAGUAAGAGUCCAGUGUUUAAGGAGGUGUUGACUCGUAUUGAGGGCCACCCAGACUGCAGGAACCUCCCAAUGAUCUCCUUCCUAAUCCUGCCAAUGCAGAGAGUCACCCGCCUGCCUCUGCUGAUGGAUGUAAUUUGUCAGAAGGCUUCUAAAGGCUCAUCUCAGUAUGAGGCCUGUAAGAAAGCCCUUCAAUCAGUCAGCAAGGUGGUGCGUAAGUGUAACGAAGGGGCCCGUACCAUGGAGAGAACUGAGAUGAUGUACACUAUCAACUCUCAACUGGACUUUAAGAUCAAGCCCUUCCCAUUGGUGUCGUCCUCUAGGUGGAUGGUGAAACGAGGGGAGCUCACAGCCUUCGUGGAGGAGAACGGCAUCUUCUCCAAGAGGAUGUCACGUCAUCAGGUCUACUUCUUCCUCUUCAAUGAUGUCCUCAUCCUCACCAGGAAGAAGAGUGAGGACAGCUAUGCAGUGAUAGACUAUGCUCUGAGGGACCAUAUCUGGGUGGGACCCUGCCAGGCCCAGGAUAUCAACCUAUCACCCGUCAGAACCACCGCUGGAAUGCUGACAUCACGGCAUCCUGGAGCCAGCCACCUCUUCCGCCUGCGUUUCCGUAGCAACCAUUCUGGAGACAAGGUGCCCAUGGUCCUGGGGGUGGAGCUAAUGAAUGAGCGUGCUCGCUGGAUCACUGCUCUGGGCCAGAGCAGCAAUGACGAGAAGAACCAAGACCGGACCAAUGCCAUGCAGGUGGUGGUGACGAGGACGUACACAGCCAAGCAGCCUGAUGAGCUGUCACUGCAGGUGGCUGACGUGGUCCUGGUGGCACAGACUGUGGAGGAUGGCUGGUAUGAGGGCGAGCGACUCCGUGAUGGCGAGAGGGGUUGGUUCCUGUCAGAAUGUGCUGAACCAAUCACGUGCCAGGCCACUAUUGAGCGCAACAUGCAGAGGAUGGACCGCCUCCAGGGGCUGGAGACCAAUGUGUGAUCUGGAACUGCAGGCUCCACCCACUAAUUACACAAGUGAGCUACCUGCCUGUUCUCAGACAGACCAAUGAGUGAACCUUAUGCCAACGACGGUCUUUUUCCGAACGUUGAGCGGACCUUCGCUAAAUACACCAAUUUAAAAGUCUUUGGUCAACAGAGCGAUGUGUGAGCUCUUUCCACCAGCGACUGAAUACACAAAUGAGCUGCCUUCAAGCACUAUCAACCAAUGAGAGAGCCGACUGACACUAAAUGCACCAAUAUAAUCUCUCUGUGGGUCAACAGAUAAAUGUAUGUGUGAUCCUUGACUGCAUCUAUUAGAAUGGCUUUUUGAUUGUUACCCCUGCAGUGUAACGUUCUCUGCCUUCUACCACUCUAUAUCGUAAGGAAAUGUAACCCUAUGUCCUGUCAACAAUACUCUGAUUCCUCCCACUGAUGGGAGACUGGCCAACCGAAGGACAUCCCCCUUGGACAGACACAUGACAUGCUGGGGUCAAAGUUUAAAACUGCCACAUACAGAGUGGACACCUAUAGUAGGACGGCGCAUUAAAACUAAUAGGACACGGAUUCAUUUGAUCAACUAUUUCCUUCUGAAAGACUCCCCAGGAGUUUCCAUGAAUGAAACUUACCCUCUCUACUACAUAGUAACUAACAAUUUAUAUGAACAAAACAACUGUUGUUGAUCUGUAUAUACAUUUGUUUUAAUUGUCAUGCUUUUUAAAGUGCCUGGUUGUCCUGGGUCCAGUUCAGUUUCACCUCUGCUCUGUGGUCAGGCUAUAGUGUGUGAGGAGACUGAUGGGGAAGAGGCUCAUUGUAAAGAUACACAAAUGGCACUAUACUUCCAACUUAUCUGUGUGUGCAGCUGGGAGGCCUUUUGUAAUGUAACUGAAUGUGACAAAUGUUUCAAAAUGACCAAAUAACACAUCCCUGUGUGGUUAGUAGGAGGCUGUGUGACUGCUGAAGAGGCUGAAUGUACAGUAAGGAGCCAAAAUGGUGGACUGAACGGUCCAGUUUCCACACUUCCCUCUGGUUAGAAGGUUACAGUAUAGUGAGGCUGAAUGUUAUGAUGGCCUACAAAGGCAAAAAGAAACUCCCACCAUCAUGCCUACUCCCAAUUCCCAAACCCGAUUCCCAAACCCUACUCCCGAUUCCCAAACCCUACUCCCGAUUCCCAAACCCUACUCCCGAUUCCCAAACCCUACUCCCGAUUCCCAAACCCUACUCCAGAUUCCCAAACCCUACUCCAGAUUCCCAAACCCUACUCCCGAUUCCCAAACCCUACUCCCGAUUCCCAAACCCUACUCCCUACCUGUGACCAUUUUAGAUGCCUAAAACUAUUAGACAGGUAUUAGCAAUAUGGGAGUAUCUCCACCUUGGUCUCUGGUAAAGCUUUGUUCAACUGACCCAUAUAGUCCUACGCAGUCCUUUCAGAGGUACACAAUACAGUUGAUCUGUAAUUGGGCACUUUGUCUCUAGCUUAAUGUCACUUUACAUAAAUAGAACCAUUUCCAUCCCACAGACCUCCGUCAGUCUGCCACUCGGUGUGAUUAAGCCCAGUGAUGCCAGAGAUGGACGUUUUUAAAAAUACCCUCAUGAUUUCAGUGACGUGCGUCAGGAGAGAAAAUGAAAUGGUGUGACGCUGUCGGUUCUAAAACUGGAAAAGCCAGCUGUGAUUGUCCAGCAUGGUUCAUCUCUUAAGUGUGUAAUGUUGUGUGUAAUGUUGUGUGUAAUGUUGUCUCACAUCGCUGAAGGAAACAAGUAAUGGCCUGAUCAGCUUCCUGUUGUAACACCGUUCAGCAGACCAGACCACUACUCUCUCUCCAUGUGGUUUGACCCAGACAAAAAGCUUUGCACUCAGGGAAAAACUGAUACAACAUGCAUUUAACCAAUGUUCAUCAUUCAUGUAAAUAUGUAACUAAUAGCAACCUCUGUUUAAACAUGCAUGUAAUCCACGGCUAUAGAUUUAUAUUGUAGAUGAUGAAGCCUUCAGAUAUUUAAUCAACUUUUGUAGUUUUUUUUUGUCGUUUUCUCCCCAAUUUCGUGGUAUCCAAUUGUCUCAUCGCUGCAACUCCCGUACGGACUCGGGAGAGGCGAAGGUCGAGAGCCGUGUGUCCUCCGAAACACAACCCAACCAAGCCGCACUGCUUCAUGACACAUUGCCCACUUAACCCAGAAGCCAGCUGCACCAAUGUGUCAGAGGAAACACCGUACACCUGGUGACGGUGUCAGAGUGCACUGCGCCCGGGCCCGCCACAGGAGUCGCUAGUGCGCGAUGGGAAAAGGACAUCCCUGCCGGCCAAACCCUCCCCUAACCCGGACGACGCUGGGCCAAUUGUGCGUCGCCCUAUGUGUCUCCCGGUCGCGGCCGGCUACGACAGAGCCUGGACUCGAACCCAGAAUCUCUAGUGGCACAGCUAGCACUGUGAUGCACUGCCUUCGACUACUGCGUCACUCGGGAGGCCCUUUUAAUCUAUACUUAACUUAAAUGUGAACGCAACAUUUAAAGUGUUGGUCCCAUGUUUCAUGAGCUGAAAUAAAAGAUCCUAGAAAUUUUCCAUAUGUACAAAAAGCUUAUUUUGCUCAAAUGUGUUUACAUCCCUGUUAGUGAGCAUUUCUCUUUGGUCAAGAUAAUCCAUCCACCUGACAGGUGUGACAUAUCAAGAAGCUGAUUAAACAGCAUGAUCAUUACACAGGUGCACCUUGUGCUGGGGACAAUAAAAGGCCACUAUUGAAUGUG